AUGUCGCGUGCUCUUCCAUAUUUUAUGCUAGGUCUGGGAUUGGCGGCUAGGCCAGUCGUGAGCACGGGGACAUUGGAUACCGACAUAUCGAUUCUUAUUCACAAUGACUUGCUGGAAAGCUCCAGUCCCAAUGCUGGGUCCGGUGUCCUCCUACUGGAUGCAAUGCCCUUACAGAGUGCCCUGAAUAGUUGCAACAGCCUUGGCGAGUCGCUAUGGGACUCAAGUUCAGGUACCGAGAAUAUACAGAACGAUCUAGACUACCUUGUCUUGCAAGGACGAUACGCCCCCGAGCAGAGGUAUUGGAUUGCCCCUGUCCACGGUACACCGUCCAGCGUGGAUGUGAACGGCCACGUGAACAAAACUUCUGCAAAUGAGCAAUUGCCAGUGCUAUGUACGCAGACUGCUCCAUAUUCUACGCCUGAUGAAAAGAACACGAAUGCUACAUGGCAGGUCACUGUCAAUUCCAAUAAGCAAUAUCUCACUGGUUUCCGUGAUCGAUACAGCUUUCGUUUCCUUGGCAUUCGAUAUGCCGAACAGCCAAAACGAUGGACCUACUCCGAGUCUUAUGAAGGAAACGGCAAUCAUGUAUCUGCUCUCGACUACGGCUCCGAGUGUGUGCAGGGCUCGGACGGAUCAGAAGAUUGUUUCUUCCUGAACGUCUGGACUCCAUAUCUUCCAAACCAAAAAGCCAACUCCGGCAAAAAGCUGAAACCAGUGAUGUUUUGGAUUCACGGCGGUGCCUUCACAAGUGGUACAGGCAGUGAUCCUACAUUCGAUGGAGGGAAUUUAGCAUCGCGAGGAGACGUGGUCGUCGUCACUACCAAUUACCGCCUGGGCACACUGGGUUUCCUCGCCUUGAACGACGGCGUCACAAAUGGAAAUUACGGAUUGGCAGACCAGAUCACCGCGCUUGAGUGGGUUCGUCGCAAUAUCCAGGACUUUGGUGGCGAUCCCGACCAAAUCACUAUUUUCGGGCAAUCGGCAGGCGCAGGAUCAGUCCGGGCCUUGCUGGCAUCGCCCAAAUCUCAAGGGAAGUUUGCAGGUGCGAUUAUGCAGAGCAAUCUUGGUGGUCUGGCAUAUGGUACGACGUACUCGAAGUACUACACUAUUAAGGAAGAGAUGAAAGUGGUCGGUGACGCUAUACUGCGAGAAUCGAAUUGCACACAUGCUCACUCACAGCUUGAAUGCUUACGAGCCAUUCCCGCGCUGACCAUUUCCACUCUCAGUGAUUCGGCGCGCUACCUUGUUGUGGAUGGAGAAUAUCUUCAAAGCUCGGAACUCGACCUGAAGAGCCUUUCUACCGCGAGGGUACCUUUGAUGCUUGGCACAGCUCGAGAUGACGGUGCUGCCAUGAUUAGCUAUCCUACAGACGGACAGACCAUCCAGCAGUUCUUGAACAUAAGUGGCCUACCAUCAACGAUUGCCCCAAGCCAGGUAUUCCCGGUACCCUCUGGCUCCAACAAGACACUGGACAUCUUCAACACAACAGCACGAGUGGCAACGGACGGAAUGUUCCGAUGCAUCGACCAAGCAACAGCAUACGCUGGACUCAACAACCACAUAUUCCCCGAAAUCUUUUUCUACGAGUUCAACCGUACCUACCAGAUGCCCGGCUGGUCCCCUAAUCCUCCUCUCUGCCAAGCACCCGUGACAACAGACUACCCCAACGGCGAUCCAAACCAAGAAUACUUCAAGUGUCACUCUGGUGAACUCUACUAUGUAUUCGGCAACGUCAUACGUCAAAGCCUUGCAUUGAGAGAUGAUUUCGAUCUGCCGUUCCAGCAGUUCGUGCUGGAUUCUUGGGCUAGUUUUGCCCGAACGUUCAAUCCAACGCCGGAUGUGAAAUACACGAAAGUAAGGGGAUAUGUCAAUACAACUCGACAGGUCGAAGAAACUGGCCCAUGGACGCCUUUCAAGCGCGGCAGUUAUCAGAUGCGGCGUUUGCAGUGGCCGUCCUCUAUGGUGGAUUUGGAUGAGACCGAGCAGUGUCGUACUUUGGAUCUGCCUUUGAGUUAUUACGAUUAA